AUGGUCGACGUCGGAUGCAGAGGGGUCGGCGCUGGAUUCAGCCGGUGGAGCGCCUUCUCCUACGACCGGCUCCCCGCGCAGCAGCUCCGUCUCACCAUCGUCAAGCUGGAUGGCUCCUCUUUUGGUGAAAUCAUCUGCCCCCCCUCUCCACACCCGCCCACAACCACCCAACACGCACACACGCACACAGGCCUCUCUCUUUCCCCUUUUGACAGUUUCUUGUACGAUUUGUUCUGAAACCCAGCGGUUGAUUUCUUCAGAUGUUCAAGUUGUCAAGUCGGCUUCUGUGACGGAGUUAAAGCUGGCAGUGGAGGAGAUCUUCUCCGGGUCGCCAAGAGGAGGCGGAGCCGGGAUCUCCUGGUGAGAGAUUGUCCUGUUCGUCUGUCUACCUGCAUCUGUGAUCUCAUGUGUCAGCAUGGGCUCCAGAUUCCUGCCUUCCCGAGGAAGUGAGCAAGGUCUAUCGUUGAUGUUCUUCAGGUCUCAUGUGUGGGGUCAUUUCUGUCUAUGCUACAUGAAUCAGAAACUAACUGAUAACAAGGCAUCGCUCAAAACAUUUGGAAUCAAGGAUGGGGAUAAGGUACCUCCGCCAAAUUAUGCCCCCUCUACUUGCUUGCUCAACAGCAGAUCAUGCCUAUCUUUAUCAAAUUUUAAUCUAACUCUGCUGUCUAACUGCACCUAUGAGCAUGUCCCAUCAUCUUCUGCGCGUUGGCCAUUUUAGAAAUUAACUGGGUCUGCUUCCUCUGGUCUGGUGUCCCCAUCAUCUUCUGCUGCAGUAUCGAUGAUUCUGCACCAUGUUGUGUGGAGUUACAGUGAGCCGAAGAGGCAUCUGUGAAACAAUUGGGAAUCAUAGAUAUGCUUGUGAGCUGUUCUUGGGCAUUUUUCUGUGUUACUCGAAUGAAGCAGCCGGGCGUGGACCCCAGGUCAGAGAAUCUGUGCAUCUCCUACGCCUGCUUCUUUCUAUCUCAAACAAAGUCAAAGCGAUCCAGUCUCUGCAUUCGUUGGUUUUUAGGAUCUUGUAGUUGUAUUCCCCUAAAAAAUCCCUCGAAUCAGAGAAAAGGUCAAUAUUUGUCGAAUAUGCAAGUAAGCCCCGGUCUCUGUUGAAUUUCGGCGGCAGCAGAGUAGUGGAGAAUUGGCGGGGGGGGGGAGCUUUUAUCUCCUUUGGCUAGAAGGUCCCCAGUUUAAAAAUUGGACUUUUAUCCAUCUCAGCAGAAAUAUGGAAGCUCUCUAUUAGUGGGGGAUACUCUGAGAUAUUUCAGGCGCUUGAAGGCAAAAAUACAUUUUUAUCCCAUCUUCUUGAUGUUUUAUUACCAAUGAAUUUAAGAAUUCCUUUAAUUGUUAACUAUUUCUUUCUGAAUCUUUAAAAUAAAAAUUAUGUUUUAUUUUUCUCUUACAAAUAACGGAAGAGACCUUCGUCGUUGAAUUUUUUGUUGCAAGACUUUAAUCCCAAUUUUGCUUUUUUUUGCUUUUUUCUAUUUAUUUUUGCUAGUGUCUUAUGCUCUUCAUUGAUUCCCUGAUGCGGCAGUCAUCGAUCUAACAUUGUUUUUACAAGUUUUUUUUAUGAUAUUCAUUGGUUGCUAACUUGCUAAAAGAUUUUGCCGUCUAAACUUUCUUUGGAUUUAAAAUCCUCCGGGCAGGAUUUUGAUUUGCAUUUGUUUCCUUGCUUCCUGGAGUGUUGAAUCACCUAAUAAAAAACACCAAGAGCAUGACUCUUUUUGAGUUUUGGUAUCAUCCCUACCCUGGAUGAUCAAAUUUGUAUUUUCGUAUGAUAAGUGAGGACGGCUGAGCAUAUUCAUGGCAUGACCACUGCAAACCGCAACAAGAUGUUUGCACCCAUGUCACCUAAGGAGAGUAUUAAGGUUUAUAUGUCUGUGCCACUUGAGGAAUGGACGGAUGAUCUAGGAAUGGAAUCUGAACACUACCCGGAUUCAUGGAAUCUCCCCGUCCCCGCCUCUCCUUAUCCACUUUUUUCAGGGGAUUAGAUGCCUGUAGUAGUUAUUCUUGAAAUCCGGAGCUCUGGUUCCCAGAAGCCAAUACGGGGGAGAGCAAACCGCCGCCACAGCUGCAAUUCAUGUGUGUUCCCCCAUCCAUCAGCUGCCCGAUGAUAUGCAGCAGCUGGAACCAAGGCCACUUAGCCGAAGCCGUCUUUCCAGCAUGUUGAACUGGCCCUUCCACCUCUGUUGAAUCCAAAGCCUUCAAACCCCUCGUUGAAGUUUUAGACGGGCAUGAAUGCUUAUCUUCUGUCUUCUGCAGCUCCACUUCGUCAGACACGUUUCGAUCAACUACAACCCAAUCAGGCAGCAGCCUAGAAAGAAUGGAGGUUCGUCUGAACAGCAGCGAAUGUAGAGCCGGGGGGGGGGCAUCAGCUGGAACACCCAUCAUCAGCGAAUGGAUGUGGACGCCACCAUCGAUUGAACACCAAUGUCAAAGAUAGAUAGAGCUAACUUUUGGGCCUCCGAAGUUAUGUGAUGGGUGUGUUCAUUUGCAAGAUUCUCAGGGCCUCCUGGUCUUCUUCUUCUUCUUCUACUACUACUACUUCUCCUUCUUGAUUUGUCAGAUUUUUUCUGCAGAUACUUUCUUUCUGGUGCCAAAUCAUAGAGAACAACAAAUUGUAUAGCAAGUGAGAGCAAACUGUUGCUCUCCACGUCUUCUCCUGUAUCUCACAAGCAUUGAGAAUAAAUCUCAUACUGGCUGAGAUAAAAGGAAUAAAUCUCCAGUUUAAUAAACUCAUAUACCGACGGCCGCUCUUCUGCAAUGAGAGAAUUCUUACGACGGCUUUCAGCAUUUUCCUCAGAAAGCCAACCACAUUUGUUACAUAUAUAAUCAUCAUGUUGCGUAUGAAUGAUACGGUUUCGAAUUAGUAUCAAUGCAGGGCAUGAUUUUGCAUAAUUGAUAUCAAUGCGCUCAUCGAUCCAGAAAGAAGUAAAAAGAAUGCGAAGAAAUAGUUGUUUUUCCAAAGUCAAGUCAGCGGUGAAUCAUGCCAUAGGCUGCAGGAGCAUCUGACUCCAAGUCUGUCAUAUGAUAAGUUGACUCAUAACUGGUGCCAUGAGCAUAAUGUAAUAAACGACGGGAUAAACUAAAAAUUCAGUGGUACUAUCAAGAGCACAAUUUGCCGAAUGCAUUAAUCAGGUGGCUGAUGGAAUGGGGCACAUAAAAAGGCGCUAGGAGAGAUUUAAAGAGCAUAAUUAGGAGCGGUGCGAGAAUAAUUUACACGACAUUCUGACAAGGAACGGGGCUCAGGCUGACACCUUACUUCGUUUCUUCUUCUGCUGCUGCUGCUGCUGCUUUGGUUGAUGUGAUUUAGGUUUCCUUUUUCUGCCGCCGCUGCUGCUGCUGUCCAAAUAUUUAUCCUUGUCACGUUCAAAAUCUUCCACACUUACGAAUGGGGAUUCCUGAGAUUUCUUAUUCUUUUUGGGCUUGUGCAGCGGUUCAUCUUCCCAUAGGUCAUCAUCUCCCAAGGUACUGCCAUCUCCGUCAACCUGACCGUCCCAGCUGCCAUCGCUAGCACUAUCAUCGUCUGGGUCUUCUUCCUCAGGGGCAACCUCAUCAGAAGAAUUGACUUCUCCCUCGCUGCCAUCGCCAAUCAGUUCAUCAUCAUCCUCAGCGGCGACCAUGUCCAGAUCUUCAUAAUCAUACUCUCCAUCCAUAUCUUUGGAAGUAAGUGGCGCCAAACCCAAUAUCUCUUCCACCUCCUCAUCUGCACUGUCAUCACUUCCGAUGGGGACCAACUCAUCAUCCUCAUCCACGGCUUUCGUCUUCUUCUUCUUUUUCUUUGAUGCCGUACUUUUAUUAGCAUAG